AACACGCCUUCCUUAUCUGCAUGGCUAUUGGUCUGUUACGCUGUCGUUUUAGAAGAAGGAAACAAAUUGCUUAAUCGCGUAUGUUUGUAGGCGGGCUACGGAACCGAUAUCUGAUAUUCAAUUGGUCAAAAGCUUUGCCAUUCCUUAAUGAACGGAGAAAAUGAAUUGGCUGAAGCACAUGUUCUGGGCGUACUCUAUGUCAGAGCUCAUCCCACCUCUUGAAGCUGCGCUUGAUCUCUGCGGAGUCGUUCGUUAGUUCUUGGGAUAGACGAGAUGGCGGGUGUGUUUUUGUGCCAAUGGAGAAGGCUGACACCUACGGUACUGCAGUAAGGUGCAUGCACUCACCACAUAGGGUCAGCGGGAGAACGAGAGUUUGCGCUGGAUUCCCUGGGAUUGAAAACGCGAACUCCGCAUUACUAGUUGCCUUUGACAAAAUCAAAGAAAAGAAUAUGUAAGUUUUUCUUCAUCAAAAACGCCAGGCCAGAUUUCUCAGGGAGCAAUGGACAGGAAUAAGCGCAACUCUAUAGCUGGAUUUCCUCCUCACCUCGAACGCAUUGAGGAUGGUGGAGUAGAUGGAGGGAUAACUCAGUUGGGAAGGGUUUAUACAUCAUCCUACAGUGCCCUCAUCAGUGCCUUCUCCAGAUUAACAAGACUUGAUGACUUCACUUGUGAAAAAAUUGGCUCUGGAUUCUUCUCUGAGGUUUUCAAGGUGCGCCACAGGACAUCUGAUCAAGUUAUGGCUCUGAAGAUGAACAAACUCAGCAGUAAUCGAGCCAAUAUGCUAAAGGAGGUGCAACUCAUGAAUCGUUUGUCCCAUCCCAAUAUCUUGAGGUUUAUGGGAGUGUGUGUUCACGAAGGUCAACUGCAUGCUCUCACUGAGUAUAUUAAUAGUGGCAACCUUGAACAGUUGUUGGACAGCAGCCAAUACUUAACCUGGACAGCGAGGGUAAAACUGGCUCUUGAUAUUGCUCUGGGGCUUGCCUAUCUUCACUCCAAAGGAAUAUUCCACCGUGACCUCACAUCGAAGAACUGUUUGAUAAAGAGUGAUGAAAGCGGAUAUUCUGCUGUGGUGGCAGAUUUUGGGCUGGCAGAAAAAAUCCCAGAUUACAGUGAGGGAAGUGAGAAGCUUGCUGUUGUUGGGUCACCAUACUGGAUGGCCCCAGAAGUUCUGAGAGAUGAACCCUAUAACGAAAAGGCAGAUGUGUUCUCCUAUGGUAUAAUCCUUUGUGAAAUAAUAGCCCGGAUACAAGCAGACCCUGAUUAUCUGCCACGCACAGAGAAUUUUGGCUUAGAUUAUGAUGGUUUUCAGCACAUGGUGGGAGACUGCCCCCCUGACUUCCUUCAGCUCACCUUCAACUGUUGCAAUAUGGACCCAAAACUCCGUCCUUCUUUUGUAGAUACUGUAAAGGAACUUGAGAACAUUUCCAAACGUUUAAGAAAUGAGGAGGCAGAAAGGGAAAGAAAAGAUCUGAAUGAUGAUAACAUAGAGCCCAAACCUAUCUCUCUCGCUAAAGGGCCCAAUGACAAAUGCCAAGGGGUGAAACGCCUGAUUUCCAUGGUGCCUCAGGAUGACAAAAUUCCUCAGAAAUCCCCACGCCCCAGAAGAAACAUUACAUUAUCCCGCAGCCAGUCGGAUAUUUUCGCACGUAAACCACUUCGUAAGGUCAAUGUGCAGGACCCAUUCUACACACCCAGCAAGGGAGCUGUGCGCAAAGUUAAUCCUUUUAAUGCCAGGGAAGACUUAAAAGGAAAGAUCAAAUUCUUUGACAUGCCUAGCAAAUCUGUUAUUUCUCAUGUGUUUGAUCUACAUUCUCCCAAAAGAGAUGGAUCUCUGGUGGCAGGAUCCAGCGGACAGUUUCGGCCGCUAUUAAGUCAGGACACAGUGGACUUCUCUGUAAUUUCCCGAAGACGUUGCAGAUCUUUGCCAGUGUCUCCUGAGCUUUUUAGAAAGGAAUGUACAAUUUCAGGGAUUUCUACUUUUGGCAAAUGUGAUCCUGCACAACUUGGGUCUGAGGUACAACAGAAACUCCUCUCAAGUGUCAAGUAUAGCGUUCAGGAUAUCCCUCUCUUUAGGCCAAGAUCUCCUGAGUAUUUGCAGGUAAAUGAUGAGGAUAUGGAUUGCACCGACACAACUUUCCCACAGGAAGCAAAUGGAUUUUGCCCUGGCAGAACUGAGAAUAAAUUGCAGGCGUACUAUAACCAGCUGCUGGUCAGUAAUAAAAAGCACACACUCUGCUCUCAAAAUUCUCUCCAUUCAAAUUCAGAGGAGGAGAAUUCCUUAGAUUUAUUCCCAAACUCAGAAGCUAUGGAAAUUGAGGAGGAAACAAGCCAGAAUCUUUCCUCUGCGUUAUCAGCAUCCUCUAUCAGCUGUAGUAGCCCACCCAGGGUCGGAGGUGUCGCUUUACUACCUUUAGAGAAUACGGUUGCAGAUAGUAUGGACUCUCCCUCUUUGUCCAGCUGUAGGAUUCUGCAAAGCACUGUCAAAAUGUGACUUUUUGCAUUUCUUACUGUUGCAUACUGAAGCGUCCAGAGCUGCUUCUGGGGUUUACAUGGUAAUUUAUCUUGCUUACAAUUAUUGUAGCAGAACAUGGAUACAACAUAGGAUUUGUAUUAUUAAUGUAAGUGUGAAUCAGCUGUCUUUUUCUCUCUGGUCAAUACUAAUCUGAAAUCAAACAAUCUUAAGUAGCAGCAUUCGUUAGUCGUAAAUAUUAUUUAUUCCUUGAUAGUUUCCUUGGUAUAUGGCAUUAUAAUUUUUGGGUCAGGCUUCUCUUACAGUAAUUGCGCUUGGAAGAGGAGGAUUCAUUUCCUUUAUUUUUAACCAGUUUCUAAUGCUAAAGCAACAGAAGGAAGCCAUGUGCCCUGACUUCCCGAAAAUAUGUUAAGGGGUCUGCUGCUUUAAGGAGGGAUGUAGCAGAAAAGGCCAAAAAGGGUUGUUUUUUUUAGCAGCGAAUAGCGCCUGUAUUACUGGGAUUUCUAGUUCAUUAGGAAGUGACAGGUUGGAAAAUAGUCACACGCUUCUCAUUUUUAACCCUUUCUGGACAGCCCCUUGUAAAUGAAUUGUAGCCGUCCAACCUUUGCUAGCAUCCCCCAGCAGCCAUAGGUUCUUGUAGCUGUAGUCUGACCACUGCAUAAACAACCUCCUGCUGCUUUGGUAUACAUAAAGCACCAGCGUAAUAUGUCUAGUAAAUAGUAACUCCAUGAUUACACCAUUUCAUUGCCACUGAGUUUUGGCCUUUCCAAAAUGUAGUUGUUCAGUGUUUUAAGGUAUGUUUUAACUUCACAUAAAUGUGCUGUUUCUAUAGAAGGACCUAAGGGCUAUGUCUUAAGUUCUGCUGUAAACGAGGUGUGUGUGCACACAUGCAAGUACAUGUGUGUCGUAUACCUGCAAUGAUGUUUAUAGUUCAAACUUAUGUAAAACUAUAUACCAUGUAUAUAGGAAGCCAAAGAGGAUACCUGCCAUAUUUAUUUUCUUGGGGGGAAAAAAAGUGGCGUGUGGAGUUUGUCAGUAUUGUGUCUGUGUAUAGUCACGGUUAACAAAAAGGCAAGUGAGCUCGGCAGCAUGGCGAUUAGUUUAUGCUGAUGGAACAUGCACAGUAUUUUCUUUGCUGUCAUAUUUUUGCCAGUGGAAAAGCUCCAUAAGGUCAGGCUUGAAUAAAAAACACCUGAAAGCUUUUGAGCCUCAGACCACUCUCACAUAUAAGUGAAUGAGAGGAGGCUGGGGCUGUAUUGGGCACUGAUUUUGCCUUGAAAACAAUGUGUAGCUUUUCUAAUGUUAGAACAUCUGUAUACUAUGAUCUACAAUGAUGCAUUCUAUGACCAAUUCGUUGUCAGAAUGAAAGGUGAAUAGGACAGGGUCUGAACAGAAAGAAUGAGCAAUUACUAAUAAUAAGGAUUCAAAUGAAGCUGCACGUGCUAUAUCAUAUCCCACGGUUUCUCAACAUUUUUUUUCUUUUAGGGGACCCACAUUAAGUUGGAGAAUUAACUAUACAGCCCCAAAAAAAUAUUUAUUUACAACGAGAGAGGAACUUUAACCAUGAACAACAAUGGGGAUCCAUAUUUGAGUCUCAACGCAUAGGUUAAGUAUCCCUUUCCUAGAUAGUAACAAAACUAAACCAGACACUUGUUUAUAAUACAGCUCCAAAAUAGAGGCAAUAUGGCACAUGGGGAAAACCACGCUGGACAAAACUCACUUGUAUGUCUAUUAAUUCUCUUAAUACCAUUGAAUGAAAAUCCCCCUAUUAGAAGUGGUGACAGGAGGAUAGAUAUGUCUUAUCCUCUAACAGCAGGCAAAAUGCCCUGUGUGCUGUACCCUAAAGAGUUCAUUUUUAGGUUAACUUUCCUAUUACUCUGACUCUCUGCUUACUUUGCUAUCUGGAUUCCGCCAAUAUAAAACCAGGUUGUGCGUAUAGUAUCAGCAGUUGCCCAUUCUAUUUAUGGUGGUGGUAUACCAACAGGGAAAGUACUGCGUCUAGUUUCCAUGGAUACUAAAUCCUGUAUCAUCCUAACCAUUUACGGAAAAGGGUUGGAAGCAUUAGGAUCCUGAGAGAUUUAAUUCAGUUAUACAAGUAGGCUGCAUGUUUCCCCCAACCCUGGGAUAUCCAGACUGCUUUCUAAGAUUCACAGCUGAAGUCUCCGGGGAUGCUGGGAAAUGUAGUUUUGUAAGUUCCCAAGCUAAUAAUGAAACAUAUCCAAAAAUGAUGAGUAAUAUCAAAACUUGAUUUCUGGGGGUAAAGUACUGGUUUGUUUCUGCCUGCAGACCGAUGGAGGCAUUUCUUCCUCCUGCCAUGGAAAAGAUUUUUAUGGGUCACAAAUGUCACAUGCAAAGUUCACUGAAGAACCAUUCCUGUUUUUACAUUCUUUUUGACAUUAUCUCAUUUAAAAAGAUCCAGCUUUCAUUUAUUUGAAGGGCCACAUUGAGUCCUCCUUCUUAAUAGAACAAGUAGGUCACAAUAGCUAUGGUCCUUAUUGUCAUGAUGAGAUUUAAAUAAUAAUGUUUUUUUUUUUCUGUGAGUCGGAUCCAUCACUGUUAUGAGUAAGGUGGUAUUAUCUCCGUUUUAUACAGGGGCAAAUCCUGAAAUCUAAUUUCAUCUCUCACUACUGGACCUACCCUAUUGUGUUCCCAAGUUAUAUCACAGCCUCAAUGAAACCUGCUGUGAUUGGUGCUUUUACAGGUAUGGGACCUGUUAUCUGGAAAACCUCAGGUCCCAAGCGUUUGGGAUAACAGAUCUUUCUGUAAUUUGGAUCUUCAUACCUUAAGUCUAAUAGAAAAUCAUUAAAUAAACCCAAUAGGCUGGUUUUGCUUCCAAUAAGAAUUUAUUAUAUCUUAGUUUGGAUCUGGAUAACUGGUUUCCAGAUAACAGAUCCCAUACCUGUACUACAUUUGGGGGUUCACAAAUAUAGCAGCAGCUUUCCCUUUUUUUCCAUAGACUUGCUCUUCAUAGCUUUAACUUCAGCACUCUUUCAGGCAACAGGAAGUGAUGCAGUCUGGCGAGCCAUACUUCCUGUUGCUGAGCCAAACUAAGACGCACUUUCAUUCUGUCAGCCAUCCGUGUGCAUGAUUCAUCAGUCUGCAUACUGAAUCACCCUCUGCCUAGACUGGGAUUUAUUGCAGUACAUGGCUUUAUCAUGUCCGUGUGACAUGAUUAUAUGCUGCUCCUGCUUAAUGAAUGGGCCAUUUUUUGUAAUUGAUAUUAAUUAGCAAGCUGCUCCUCCUUUGGACCUACCACCAACACUGUGCUCCUGUAAAAGCUUCUUUAACUCCAGCACAUAGAUGGAAUGAUGA